CUUUACAAGUUUUGCUGGCGGAAGUAGGCCAACCACACUCAUUUGUAAAAACCUAACUACUCAACCUUCACCUUCUCUUUUCGCGUUUAAACAGCGUACUAAUGGAUAUCAAUUAUUUAUGAUGAGUAUCUAACGUACAGGAAGGUGUCUCGUGGAUAGCCGGAUUUGUGAUAAAGUGUAUAUGAUCUAAGAGCAGGUCAGAUAAUAAUGCUCCACAAUCAAAAGGACAUCCUAAGGAGGAAUCAUGUUGCUCUGGUAGAUGAGGUGGAUCCCAACGAUGUGUUCGAUCAAUUGCAACAAGAUGGAGUAUUAACUGAGAGCGACCACGAACUUAUCAACACCGGAACAACCCGGAGGGAACGAUGUCAAAAGUUACUUGGAAUUCUUCCAACUCGUGGCCCGAUUGCAUACAGUUCCUUUAAGAAUGCUUUAAAACAAAGCUAUUCACACCUUGACAUAUUGUUACUUGACGGAACAGGAAGUACUAGGAAUACAUAUGAAUGUGUUGAUAGCUGUACCAACAUCAGCAGUAGCUCAACAACGAAGGAAAUUCAUUAUAGGAUAUGUUUGAAAUGUCAGCCUUGUAUUCCUUCUUACAUUGCUGACCCCAGUUUAAGGCGAGCAAUACAUCAAAAUUGUUGCUUGAUAUUUGAAAAUGUAGAAGCAAAUGAUUUAUUAGAUUUGCUCUACCAAGAGUCUAUAUUAGAAGGAAACGACUGUGAAUGCAUAAAAUCUGAAAAAACCCGAAGGAACAGAUGCAUUACCUUAAUAAGGGAACUAUCAAAGUGCCUUGACAAUAACGUUUUCGUUCUUUUUAUAGAGUCACUGCGGAGAAAGUACGGUUACAUAGCCAACAAGCUAGUGGAAACAAAUCAAGAGGAUUCGGAAAGACGUGAUCAUUCUGGAGAAUCCGUCUCCAUCAAUGAAGGAUGUUCGUAUCCCAUUCUCCGUGAAGUGAUACGUAGGGGUCUUCGAGUCAAUAAAGCAGUGCAAUCUACGUCAACACUUCCCAUCCCUAAAGUCGAUACUUACUUCUUGACAAACGUAAUCGAAAAAGGUUGUUAUAAUAUUGACAAAUUGGGGUCUAUGGCAACAUCCCACUUCGAUGAUUCAAAUACUGUUGAUGAUCGAUGUUGUCAGGCAACAAAUUCUCAUACAAACUAUUACGUUCCAUCGAAAGACAGGGAUUUGGGCCAAAUGCUUUCGGAUACCUCCAAAGAGGACAAUAUAUGUCGAACGCAAGUCACAAGGAAUAAACACAAAAGACCAGAAACUGGAAUUCCUCCACCUAAACUUACGGAAUACAAACCGUUUCAUACAACGAAUUGUCGGAGUUUAACACAGUUGUACGAUUCACAUAGUAAAGGUCAAGAUAUUGUCUUCAACUCUCUGAGUACAUUAAUCAACCAAGGACAAUAUGAACAAUUCGAGUCGUGCGCUGUGAAUAUCCGCCAAAGGCAAGGAAAAGCUUCAGAUGUAAUGUGUAUUCUUGACUAUCUGUUCGCCAGCAGAUUCUUACAUGCAGCGGAUGUGAAGACUGCAAAUAGAUAUAUAAAAUCUGGACUUCAACUAGCACAAAAAACAAAUAAUCCAAAAUAUUUUACUUUAGAACUGUUAACCUCUCAAACGCGGAUGUUUAGCAUCAAGAAAAAGUAUGAAAAGUUACAAAGGACAUUAGAUGACGCCAAAAUGAUAAUCGAGGCAGACCCUACCUGUUGUACAGGGCGAGCCGCCGGUUGGUUGUAUAUGAAUGAUGUCAAACAUAUCAUGGUUCAAAUAUCAAUGCUAAACGCGAACAGAUCAAACUAUCCGUCAGUUUACGAACAUCUCCACAAGCAAGCAAAGGAAAGCUGUCAGAAAUCAUUGGAUCAUUUUAAAAGGGAAAAGGGAAACGAUGGGCCAUUUGGAUUCGGAUUUGCUUUGUGUCGACUGAUCAUAUUGUUACUUCGGUGUGGGGACAGGGGUCUAUAUAAAAUUAGCGUGCCUCCUAGUUGUGAGGAAAUUGAACUUACUGGAAGGUACCUGCACCAACUUGAAGACUCGGAUAUUCCUAUUACCACAUUUUUAAAAGUUCCUUUCCUUCUAGCAAAGAGUGAUUAUCAAUAUCGUCGUAAUAACUUGCUCAGAGCUUUAGAAUACGCUGAAGAGGCAUUCGUUCUCAUAACAAACAAAAACAUUUUAGAGUUUAGGGAACAGGCUCAAAAUCGAGUGCGUUUACUCCGUACAAAGAUUGAUGCCGAAAUGCAGUACAGGGAAUAGUCUGUAAGGAAGCCUUAGUAUAUGGAAGGGAUGAACAACCAUAGAAAAGAGUUUUGUAAGGACAUCGUCCAUUUGAUGAUUCAAUAUUUCCAUUAUUCUUUGAUCAGUUCUUAAAUAACAGCAAGGACUUUUACAGCUGGUUAUUUCCGGUCUUUCCGUUUGCAGUUCUUGAAUGGUUUCUGAUUGAGGUUCUCUGCCGGACAUCCUCGAUAAUCCAGGGCUUACGCUCACUUUCGCUCUCUGCACCCCUGGACUAUGACAUAGCAUAAUGGAAGGCUCAGUGUGCACCACCUUGUGGAUGAACAAAACGACUAUUUAGAUGUACAUUAAAAGAAUAUGUCGGUCGCGUAACGGUAGCUUUGAAGCCAAGAAUUUCUCCUCUAUAAUCGUCAAAAGACAGUUGUCAGCCUAGUGAUUGGUCAGGUUUUUGUUUUUAACUGAGACCAAUCAAAUAGCUAGACGCGUGCCUUCAGUUUUGCUAUGUCAUAUUUCAUGGAGUAUCGAGGAUGGCCGCCGGACGGGAAGGAUCUUGAUCCUGAAAAAAUGUCUAAUUGGUAAAACAGUUUAUUUGAACUGUAUUUAGAACCAAAUAGGACUACAAAGGUUUUGGUAAAUAUAAAAAUUGAAAUAUAUCUCUUUUACUAUUAAUGAUGCUAUGAAACACAGUUCCAUUCAAACGUAUUCUCCACGCGCAACAUGGAAUAUGUUUGAAUGGAAUUGUUUUUCAUACCAUCAUAAAUGUAAAAAAAGGUUCAAUACAUAGGCCUUAUACGUGUCCUUUCUAAGUGUCAUAUAUGUUUCUGUAUGUAUUUUAGGAUAGCACUCGCUAUGAACAUAUUGAUUCAUGAUAUUUAUUCCGUCCAUACCAUGAUCCUAUAAUAACACUGAUUACCUGUGAUUUACCGUUCAUAGUAGAAUGCAUGUGGACCUCCAGUGCAUGUUUUUGCACAUGCUCAAAGACAAAAUAGAUUGAUAAACGUAGUGAUACCGUAUUUUUUUGCAUAUUUCCCGCAGGCUAUACGGUUCUAAACAUUGAAAAAUGUGACGAUCAAAAAACUGUAAACAAUGCGGGUUAUGUGAUAUCUUUCAAAUCCAAAAUAUUACCCGUCUUAAAAUUAUAAGCAAUGAACAACAAGAUUAUAGAAGUUCUUAAAUUGUAUCAUCAACGUAAGCAUGACAAUUCAUUCACAUUAUCGACACUGUUUUACAUCGUCCGUGGUAGUACUAAAAGUCGCCAUGACUGUUUACAUUAAAAUAGUGAAUGACGCUAUUGGUAUACCAAGGAUAUAUUUAGUAAAACGAGUUAUAAAUAUACCUAAAUCGAAAGCAUCGAUCACUAAUUUUGUUACAUAACUACAGUGAAGGGGAGAUGAGAGUUGCAUACAUGUAUAUGAAAUUGAAAGUGAACUUGAUAUCCAAUACGUAUGAUAUAUUUAUGUAGUAGGUAACCCGCGGGCAAUCUGCGGGGGCGGGCAAUCAGCAGACUCUCUUUCCUAAACAUGAUUUUUUUUCAGGUGUGCGCGGAACAAAAAUGAGCGGGUAAUACGCAAGAAACUGCGGUACUAUUAUGUUAACAAGAGAAAGAUGCAAAGGAUCUUUUGGCAAUUAUCAAAGACAGUCUUUCAUAAAAAUAAAACACUUUUGAAAUGCU